ACCACCAUUCCAUUACUUGAACUAGUCACAUACGAUACGAUUGAGAAACCUCAUGGAUGCUUUAGAUAGCAACCAUUUCUUGCUCCUUCCUCGACCAGACGUCGUAAAUGGCCCUCCAGCAGGCGUCGUCGAUACCACCACCCUUGCGGCACACGAUUUCGAUGUCGAUACCCGGACGGGCUUCAUGCCCCCACAACAACCAUUGAGACGCCUUCCUGCCGAUUGGGAGCCCUGGGAGCAAGUCCUAGAUUCUGCAUUGGCAUCGCGGUUGCAGUUGGGCUGCAAGGCAGGGUUGACCGAGUUCGAGAAAAACACAUCUGAACGCUGGAGGGCAACAGUCAGAGAGUUGCCUAUACUCUCAACUUCUGAUCUGACCCAGUCAGAAUCUGUCCUUCGACGAGCGCAUCUCGUUCUGGCCUGGAUCAUGCACUUCUACAUUCACUCUCUGCCACCAUCAUCCCCUAUUCGAAUACCCCCACCCAUCACGGUCCCCCUGCUACAAGUCUCUGCGCACCUGCAACUCCCUCCUAUCCUCACCUACUCUGACGACGUUCUUUACAACUGGAAGUUCAUAGAUGGGAAAGAAACCGACGACGAUGGCAACGCCAUCAUGCCAACCAUUUCCAACAUCGACACUCAAGUCCUCUUCACCGGCACCCGAGACGAGGCUGAAUUCUUCCUCACUUCUGCGCGGAUGGAGUUGAAGGGUGUCGAGGCACUAGAUCUGAUGCAGCACAUGAUGGACGAAGCGUUCGUUGGUGAUGAUAUCGCUGUUCAUCGAAUCACAGAAUACCUGCGCGAACUAUCAGUGGUGAUCAACGACCUCAGCGUCAUGCUCAUGAAGGUGAAGGAGGGAUGCUCACCACAGGUCUUCUACAACGACAUUCGACCGUGGUUUAGAGGCGAAGACUCGACUUCGGGAUCCAAGUGGGAGUUCGAAGGCAUGGAGCUCGAUCCAUCGCUUGCCGCACCCACGGAACUGUCUGGAGCCAGUGCAGGCCAGAGCUCCCUCAUACACGCUCUCGACAUUUUCCUCGGCGUCGACCAGUUCUCGCACUCUCGAGGAGAAUCUGACGAACCUUCCUCUUCUCCACCGACCAUGUUACCCCCGGGCCAGCAACAGCCUAAAUCCGCAUUCCUUAAAAGAAUGCAAUCCUACAUGCCCCGCCACCAUAGGGCAUUCCUCACCCACCUUGCCAAUAACCCUCGCCCGAUUCGCAACAUCGUAGCUCUCCAAGCGAGAGACGGUGGCGAGGCAGGCAAGCAGAUCCUGCAGGCUUACAACACUGCAGUUCAAGCUUUGAAAGAAUUCCGCGACAAGCACAUGAUUAUUGUCGCCCUUUACAUCAUCGGUCCUGCCCGGCGAAACGUUCUCGGCCAGACUAGCAGGGAGAAAAAGGAGGAUUCGGGUGCGCUGAAAGGCACCGGAGGGACAGAUUUGGUCAAGUUCUUAAAGGGCGUUCGCGACAAGACUAAAGACGCGAUCUUGCCUGUAGAACGGGAACCGUGA